GUGGUUUUAAUCCAAAAUACCAAUAAAAUGAAGGCUUUUACUUCUGUUGUUUCGUUCUUGGUGCUUUUCGUCGUUGCGGUUUUGGCUACUGAUCCAACCAUCACCGACAGGGUCUACUUUGACCUGUCUCAAGGCGAUGAAUACCUUGGACGCGUUGUGCUUGGUCUUUACGGUAACGUUGUUCCAAAGACAGCACAGAAUUUCCGUGAAUUGACAUUGUCCAAGGACCCAUCUUUUGGUUAUAUCAACUCCAUCUUCCACAGAGUGAUCCCAAACUUUAUGAUCCAAGGUGGUGACUUCACUAUGAGAAAUGGCCGUGGCGGUAAAUCCAUCUACGGUGAUAAGUUUGAAGACGAGAACUUUGAGUUGAAGCACGACAAGCCAGGUAAAUUGUCCAUGGCCAACGCCGGUAAGAACACCAACGGUUCUCAAUUCUUCAUCACCACAGUUGUCACUUCCUGGUUGGACGGUCGUCACGUUGUGUUCGGUGAGGUUCUUUCUGGUCUCGAUAUCAUUAACAAGGUCGAGAACACAAAGACCAAGAGAGACAAACCAGUUGUUGACGUUGUCAUCUCCGGUACCGGUGAGUUGAAUGAGGAUGGUGAGGUUAUCACCUCAAUCACUUUGGAGGAUGCUCUUGGUGACUCCAAGUCCGAGGAGGAUGUCAAGGAAGAAGUCAAGAACGUAAAGGAUGAGUUGUGAUCGUCUAGUAUAGUAUUUCUAUAUAUCUGUAUACACUUCUCUUUAGCGAUGUGUGUAACCCCUGUGUAAACGGUUUCCCUGGUUCCCGUGAAGUGGCAUUUGUUGAUGAUAGCGCCUUGAAAAAAAAAGACACAACAAAAAAACACAACACU